UCCUGUUGUGGCUUCAAUAUAAAAGACGAGAUACAGAGAAGGAAAGUCAAACAGCAUCGCCCAGUCUUGCAACUCACAUUCUCCCUCAGCGAUAAAGUCAUGCAGUCGAUCGUUGCUUACCUUUUGGUUACGGUUGUGGCUACUCAAGCCAGAUGGAUUAGCCCUGGAUAUCAAAUGGGUGGAUAUAGUGGAUACUAUCCAGUUGCUCCGGCCGCCCCAGUCGCUUACCACGGAGUUCCAGCUGCAGUUCCAGCAGUCGUUCCCGCAUACGGUUACCCCAGCUUCACUUCCACCCAGUAUCACGCUCAGGACGAGAUGGGUCAGGCCAGAUUCGGUUAUGCUCACCCUGGACAGGCCGCCUCCAACUACCGUGAUGCUAUGGGCAACCAGAUCGGCAGCUACGCUUACUUCAAUCCCGAAGGUAAAGAGGUCCGCGUUUCCUACACCGCCGAUCACCGAGGCUUCCGUGUCCUUUCCAACGACUUGCCAGUGGCUCCCGUUGCCAACCUGGUAGCACCGGUUCAAGUUCCAGAAACCGUCGAAGUGGCUCAGGCUAAGGCCGCCCAUUUUGCCGCUCACGCCGAGGCUAAUGCCGCCCUCGCUGCUGCCAGAGCCGCUGCUGCUGUUCCAGUUACACCUGUAGCCGCAGCAGAUCCCAGUGCCGCUGCUGCUCCAGCAACUCCGGCCGUUUCAGAUCCUGCUGCUCCCGCUGUGUCGGCCGACACCACCAAAACUGCAUGAACUUAUUGAAUUUGUUUGUUGAUUUUCUUCAUCACUUCGAUUUAGGAUUUUAGGACGCUUGUUUUCAUUUUGUCUUCAUCACUGUACAUAUAAAAGUGAUGUGUAUAGAAGAUAAUCAGCCGAUUGGAAAUAUACACAUUGAAAAACUA